AUGCCAAACCACAGUCAAAUCAACAUAUUCACCUGCACGUUCUGCUUCCACGUCUUUCAAGGCCUCCCUCAAAUCAUCGGUCGUACCGGACGUCUAGCAUGUGCAACAUGUCACGCAGCGCUUCUCAACCUAGCCAUCUGCUGGGUUUGUGGAGAGCUCAUAUACCGAGGGGAUGAAUGUGUCAGUUUCGGUUGGUGUUUCUGGCAUCGAGCGUAUUACGGAUGUCUACUCUACGGAAGCAGAUCCAUUCACCAGGGCGUAUCAGUCCAAGACCUCUUUGAAGAGAGCGGAGCAGAAGGUCGAGUCAAGGAAGGAUGUGGAGGGAGAGAGGUGACUGAGGUACCGCUUUGUGCAGCUUGUGUUGUGGAAGUCGAGGUUGAUGGUGUUAAGGAGGAUAAUGUUGUGAAAAGGGGGCUAAGGAGAGUUGAGAAAGUGGACGGGGGAUUGACCAGGAAGAGAUGGGAGGCCAAAAACAGCGAGAAGAACUUGAAGCAGUUCUCUAGCCAACAGAGAACCCACAAGAACGAAUAUGGCGUCGAGGCUGAGGACCUUACAGUCAACAAGGUCUCAACCGACUUCAAGGACAACUCCGAAUCGGUUAUAUGGGUCGACAUCUUUGAUCCCAUCAACGGCCCUUCCUUUAAACCAAGCCCCCUGAAGCCUAUACCGCUGUUCAUGCAACGACCACCGAGUCCUACUAUCCACGAGCGCCAGCGCAGGUCAACUGCCGCCGAUACAUACCUUCAGCCUCCUCACGAUCUGAGAAAACAGCACUCUGCUCCUUGCUCAGUUUGUCCCUCGGAAGCACCUGUAAGAAGUCGAUCACCAGAACAUCGUACUCCACGCCAACCAUCACCAACUCUACCUAAAACCCCACCCUCUUCGCCAUCUCACAGUCACAGCAGUCAAAAGAUUCCAGAGUACGACUUCAUAGACAUGAAUGGCCGGUCUGAAGUGCGGCACAAACAAGCCGUUAGCUGGGUCAGCGUAGAGCCCUUGAAACGACCAUCGUCUCGACUCGCCCCGUCACGUCGCGCAGAGGCCAAUCGUUCAGAGGCAGAGUCGUCGGCAUACAGAACGCCUCCAGAAUAUCCAGAUCAGGUACUGCGGACACCAUAUCCGCUUCCUUUGUCAAACGUCAAGACGGCUAGCCCCUUGCCCGCACAGCUCACGUCGCACUCGCAACGAACUGUGCAUGCUACUCCACAAUCAUCAGAGUAUCUUGACCGUUACCAGCCCGCGACGACGAGAUCGACACAGAACCAGGAGGUGAGAAGACUAAGGAGGAUAGAUGCAAGCGUGACCGAGGAGGGCAUCACGAAGACGAAGUCGGGACAGUCUGACGGUGGAGAAUGGGGAAGCAAGGUCGGGUCUGAGCUGAGACGGUUCUUUACAGGACGAUAG